AUGGCGGACUUCGAAAAGAGGAGAGACGACGACGUUGUGCUGCCGGAGGUGCAGCGGACCCACUCGUCCAGCCUGGAUUAUCCCAAUGAGAAGUCGAGGGACUCGGAGUUGGGUGAGGAGCGGUUGGAGACGUUUGACGACCACGACGUCACCAAGCCUUUCCCCAUCGACCCCACCGAGCCUGAAGAAACCCAUCAGCUAACAUUCAGGGCCCUCCUGGUUGGCUCCGUUCUUGGAGCAGUAGUCGGCGCCUCCAAUAUCUACCUCGGUCUCAAGACGGGAUUCACUUUCGGUCCCCAAUUGUUCGGAGCCAUCUUUGGUUUCGCCAUUCUCAAGCCCUUCGCAAAGGCCAUGCCAGAGUCUGGCAUCUUGGGCAAACUUCUUGGUGGUCCGUUUGGGCCGAAGGAAAACUGCACUGUCCAGAGUUCAUUACUUCAUGCAAUCUGCUCACCCUCAACAGCGUCUGGCGGUCUUGGGAUCCUUUUCGUCUCUGCCAUACCGGCAAUGUACAGGCUCAACCUUCUCUCGGAACUCCCACAGCAAGAUGUCGGAAAACUGAUAGCGCUAACCACCUGUGCCGGAUUCUUCGGCGUGUUCUUCGUUAUUCCCCUGCGAAGGUAUUACAUCGUCAAGCAGAAGCUGACCUUCCCCACACCCGCCGCUACUGCCUAUACCAUCCGCUCGCUGCACAAUGGCCGUACUGGUGCUGUUGCGGCGAAGAAGAAAUCCUUGGCGCUCCUGUAUACUUUCGUGACGACCUUCGUCUUCAAGGUUAUGACUGGCUAUGCUCCUGGAAUCCUAUACGAUUGGCACAUUGGUUGGACGCUGUUCAGGCUCGGCUUCACCAGCAUCAUUUCCCUGGAUAACUAUGGGUGGUGGAUUGAGUUUACGCCUGCUUUCUAUGGCGCUGGCAUGCUUUCCGGUCUUAACGCUAGUUGGAGCUUCUUCGGUGGAUCGGUUCUUGCAUGGGGAAUAAUCGCGCCUUCGCUCGUCAAGAAUGGUUUGGCAGUCGGUGUGCCGGCCGACGAAGUAUUCCCAGAACGUAUCUCCUACCAGGCGCUUUCUUUCAGAGACCCCGAUCAAUAUGUUGACGCCCCAUCACCUCGAUACUGGCUGCUUUGGCCUGGGGUUCUCGUCAUGUUGCUCUACUCGUUCGCCGACAUCUUGCUCAGUCUCACACCUUUCUUCAAGACAUUAUUCGCCUCAAGCGCGUGGAGUGGACUUGACCCCAGGACUUGGGUCGGCACCCGUGAGCUCGACCCCGAAGAUGAAGAUCAGACACCUAUGGAAGACAGAAUUCCGUUCUCGUGGUGGUCGACCGGCUUGUUCCUCAGCACUGUCAUGUGCUGCGCCAUCCUCGCCACUCAAUUCCAUAUGAAUGUCGGCGAAGCCAUCUUGGCGCUCUUGCUCGGCUUCCUCUUCUCCUUCAUCGGUGUGCAGAGUUCCGGUCAAACGGACGUCAACCCCGUUAGUACCGUUGCCAAGGCCUCCCAACUCAUCUUUGGUGGCAUCGGCAAAGGCUCGGGCAUGGACCCAACUACCGGUCAGAUGUUCAAUCUUACGGCUGGUGUUAUCGCUGCUGGCUCCGCCGCCCAGGCCUCCGACAUGACCGGUGAUCUGAAGACGGGCUACCUGCUCAGAGCGAAGCCCCGCAACCAGUUCGUUGCCCAGCUCGUCGGAUCUGUCGUGGCCGUCUUCUUGACCACCGGCUUGUUCAUCCUUUUCACCACGGCUACGCCUUGUAUCAUUGAUCCUCCCGCCACCGGAGAGUGUACUUAUGGAGCGCCGUCUGUAUCUGCCUGGUCUGCUGUAGCAAUUGCAGUCUCUGCGCCUCGUCUACCUAUACCCCCAUCAUCGGGAUACACCGCUAUUGGUUUGGCUAUCGCCGCCGUUCUUACUGUACUCGCCAAAUACUACCUCAUCCCGAAGAAGUACUGGGGUUACAUUCCCAACUGGAACGCCAUCGGACUCGCCUUUGUCGUCCCACAAGUGUUCUACUCGAUCGCUAUGGCUGUCGGCUCGACCGUCAACUACUUCUGGCUCAAGAACAACCCAACGGGUUAUGAUAUGUAUAUGUUCGCCAUUGCUGCGGGGCUUCUUGCCGGGGAGGGUCUUGGUGGUGUCUUCCAAGCUUUGCUUGCCGUAGCGGGAGUUGAUGGCGGUGAAUUCGGCACUGCGAUUGGCUGCCCCGGCUUCCAAUUCUGCGGUUAA